AUGUUUGGAUUAACACCAGGAAAGGAACCAAAACAACUUACUGGAUAUUUUUUACACGUUACAGAUUUUCAUCCUGAUACUCAUUACAUAUCAGAUGCUCUAGUAAAAUUAAAAUGCCAUCAUCAAAGACCAUCCAAGCUUAAAAAACCUGCUUAUAUGAAAAAAGGUAUUUCUGGUCCUUGGGGUGCUGAAGCGACCAUAUGUGAUUCUCCAAUCAAUUUAAUUAAUGCCACUUUUGAAUGGUUGGAAAAAAAUUGGAAAAAUAAAUUGGAUUUUAUUAUUUGGACCGGUGAUAAUUCCAGACAUGAUAGUGAUGAUCUUAUUCCACGCGAACCACAAGAAAUUUAUGAUUUAAAUCAAUUCAUAACAAAUAAAUUCCUUAAAACUUUUACAGACACAAAAACUAUACAUAUAGAAAAACGUCAUCGUCAUCUUGAAACUAUACCAAUAGUUCCUUCCAUUGGCAACAAUGAUCUUUUCCCAAGUAAUAUUGUUUCUGGUGGUCCAAAUGAUGUCCUUACAAGUCUUCACGAAAUUUGGUCACAAUUCAUACCAACAGGUCAACACCAAUAUUUUCUUAAGGGAGGAUAUUACUAUGUUGAAGUUAUACCUAGAAAACUCAUUGUUGUUUCUUUAAAUACCUUAUACUUUUAUAAAUUAAAUACUGCUGUUAACGGUUGCAAAGUUGAGACUCAACCUGGCACUAUUCAAUUUAGAUGGUUGAACAAUGUUCUUAAAAAAGCUAGAAAGCAUGGGAUGAAAGUUUAUUUAACAGGCCAUGUUGCACCAAGAAGAAAUCAAUACAUGCCAUCAUGUUAUAAAGAAUAUGGAAAAUUAGCAAUUAAAUAUCAUGACAUUAUUUUGGGUCAUUAUUAUGGACAUUCAAACAUGGAUCAUUUCUUUUUUAUUAGCUCUAAAAAUAAACAUAAAAAUGAAAUAAUAAACAAUAGCAGUAAUGAUUCAUCUACUUUACCGCACAAAUUGCAAUUGAACUUCCAAUCAUCCCAAACAAAUAUUAAUGAUGAUAAUUAUGAAAACAGACCAGUUGAUGCUAAAAUUUAUGAUGUUGAUAAUUUAAAUAAUAACGAUUCAAAUAAUGGUGACCGUAAAAUAAACGAGCCUCAUGAAGAUGAUUCAACUUCACCUGCACAUUCAAAUCUAUUUUUGACCCCAUUAGGUUACACACAAUAUUUCAUUAAUCUUACAGAAGCCAACCAAUAUCCAAAUAUCACACCAGAAUUCAAAGUUGAAUAUAAUACUUGGGAUGAUUAUGAUAUGAAAGAUUUAACUGUUUCAAGUUGGAUUCACUUGGCCAGAAGGAUUGCUAAUCACGGUUUAGGAAGUUCAUUAUGGGAAAAAGUUAGGGAAUAUUUGAUGACUUCUUCAUCAAAUCGCGUUAUUGAAGCUAAAUCGCUUAACGAAUCGGUUCAAAUUUUAAUCAAAAUUUUUAAUAAAUAUAAAAGUAUCGAUCUUGAAAUUUCAAAAGGCUUUUUGGAACAAUCCUACUUUAUCUCAAAUGUAAUUAAGCCCCAUACUACUAAUAGAAUUGGUAAUGACGAUUUUGAUGUUGAAAAAUUGGUGGAAACAAAAGAAUUUGGUUUUUUUAUGGAUAAGUUAUACUUGAUUGUAGAAUUUAAUUCGAACCACAUGACCAACGACGAAAAUCAAGAAGAUGUGAAUACUAAAGAUAAAUUAAGAGAUUAUUUGCAAUCUUUGAGAGUUUUGACUAAUGAGCUGACCUUGAACACUUAUAAGCUGAAAACUACUAGCACUAAUGAUGAAAUAAUCAAUGAUCGGAGAGAAUAA